UGGGAUGUGGGAAGCAGGUCCUCACCAGCCCAAUGGCCAGGCUGCGGCGUUCCUGCCAUCAAACCGGCGCUGAACUUCAACCAGCGGAUUGUCAAUGGAGAGAACGCAGUGCCAGGCUCCUGGCCCUGGCAGGUGUCCCUGCAGGACAGCAACGGCUUCCACUUCUGCGGUGGUUCCCUCAUCAGCCAGUCCUGGGUGGUCACCGCUGCCCACUGCAAUGUCGUGUGAGUGCUUCCCCUCUACCUGCCUUGCCCCAGCCCCCACCUCCCACUUCCUUGCCCUGGAGGCCUCUCUCUUGUCACUCUGCCCUCCCUGUGGCUGCCCAACCCCACUCUCACUGCAGCCCUGGCCGUCACUUUGUCAUCCUGGGAGAGUAUGACCUAUCAUCCAGCACUGAGCCUUUGCAGGUUCUGUCCAUCUCUCAGGCCAUCACGCACCCUUCCUGGAACCCUACUACCAUGAACAAUGAUCUGACUCUACUGAAGCUCGCCUCCCCAGCCCAGUACACAACACGCAUCUCACCAGUUUGCCUGGCUUCCUCAAAUGAGGCGCUGCCCGAAGGCCUCACAUGUGUCACCACCGGCUGGGGCCGCCUCAGUGGCGUGGGCAAUGUGACUCCAGCACGCCUGCAGCAAGCGGUUCUGCCCUUGGUCACCGUGAGUCAGUGCCAGCAGUACUGGGGCUCCCGCAUCACUAACUCCAUGAUCUGUGCAGGGGCCUCAGGAGCCUCCUCAUGCCAGGGUGACUCUGGAGGCCCGCUUGUCUGCCAGAAGGGAAACACGUGGGUGCUUAUUGGUAUCGUCUCCUGGGGCACCAGUAACUGCAACGUGUAUGCGCCUGCUGUGUACACUCGGGUUAGCAAGUUCAACACCUGGAUCAAUCAGGUCAUAGCCUACAACUGAGCCUGCCACAGGCCCUCUCCCCAUCUCAGUCCAAUAAAGACCCCAGGCCCUGUCCUCUUGUAUAUUCCUGUCUGUCCUCCUGGAUCAGGGAAAAGGAGAGGCUUUUGGGGGUCCCACUCCCUACAUGGACUUUGUCUUCUGGCCCGGCAGUUACUGAGGGAGUCAGGAUCCUCCUGGACUAGCCAUGUCCAGGCUAGGCCCCGCUCCCGCCUCCUCCUGGGCAACCCCUUGGCCCAGAGCAAGGAGACUGGGCUAUCAAAAUGAAUGGGCAGCCUUCCUGGGGGAAGGCAGCCUGUUUAUUGAGUACAGAGGAUACAUUACAAACUGAGUACACGAAAUAAAUAACUGCACAUUCUCCAUCCACAGUCCAUGGUGUAAAGGCCCAAGUCUCCAAACUUCCACUUCCUACCCUCAGGACCAGGCCCAUCCUGGCCAAGAGAGGAAAUAAAUCCCCAAGGCUUCAGGCCCCCAGAGGCACUUGGGAAAGUGGUAGGAAUUCUGAGGCCAUAGGGAUUGGGCUUUCCACUGCCUUGUGCUAGGAGCACUGGGGACAGAAGAAGAGGGUGCACAAAGCAUGGAUUAUGUGGCCCAGAGUGGUCUCUUUGGGCUUGGUUUCCCACUGGAGGUGGCACAUGCAAAAAGAAGACAGCCCAGCCCAAGGGUACUGGGAAGAACUGAG